AUGUCGAUUUUUCGACUCAAAUUGAGAGCGAGAGUUGUGCAGACGACAAUUGUUAUUGUACUUCUUAUUGUUCUAGGUUAUUUCUCAAUAUUAAAUAAGAAAGAUACAGAGACGAACAGUCGACGCAUACCAGAGAAGACAGAUAGCAUCAGAGCGUUUGAUAAGCUACCUUAUGAUAGUUUAGACCAACAUUGGACGAUAUUUAGAUCUAGGAAUCCACCAAUAGCAAUAAAUCAAUUGGAAGAUACGCCGUUGACGUAUCAGAAGUUAAACGUCACUGAGAACUUCCCAGUACCAUCUGAUUUUAAACCUAAGGAGUCACCAGUUUAUGAGCAUGAUACACUUUCUCAUGAUGAUAAUUCUACAUCACUAAAUUUACACUCGUUGUUGUAUAAGUCUAUAGCACCGCUUCAGUAUAAGUUUGGCGGACAAGACAAUAAUGAUGAGACAAAAUAUAGACAACAAAUUAUACAGAACGCAUUCCUACAUGCUUGGAAUAGCUAUAAGAGGAAUGCCUAUGGUUUUGACGAGAUACAUCCUCUCACUGGCAAACCAUUCAAUAGUGAUCCGAAGAAAUACCAGAGGUCACCAUUCAAUGGAUGGGGAGCGACGAUAGUGGAUAAUUUAGACACUCUCCUCAUAAUGGGGUUGCAAGAUGAAUAUGAAGAGGCUAGAGAACAUGUCAACCGGAUUGAUUUCAACUACGUACAUAGCCCCUCUGGUGAACUUCCAACGUUCGAGACUAACAUCAGAUACCUCGGUGGUUUACUAUCAGCUUAUGACCUAAGUGGUGAUCCUUUGAUGAUAUCUCGAGCAAUAGAAUUGGGAGAUAUACUAAUGAACGCAUAUAAUACCACUUCGCACAUACCUUCAAGUGUCUUAAAACCUAAUUAUCCACCAAAUGAAGAGGAUUAUACCAUUUUAGCGGAAUCUGGUAGUAUGAUUUUAGAAUUCACGAGACUUUCAAUCAUAACAGGUGAUUAUAAAUAUUUCAACGUCGCACAUAAAGCACAAUCUGUUUUGUUUGGUUUGAAAUCGACAAUUGCCGGUUUAUUACCAACACAUGUGAGAUUAGACAAAGAAAUAUCACAAACACCACGAUCGGGUGUCUUUACAUUAGGAGCACUCAGUGAUAGCUACUAUGAAUAUCUCAUAAAGUUGUACAGAUUGGUUAAUACACAAUUAACACAAUAUUCGCAACAUUACGUAAAAGCAAUAGAUUCACUCAAGGAGUACCUAAUUUUGGAUGUACCAUCAAACAUAGAAUCCUUCGAAGAUAUUACAGUAUCUGGUGAAGUUACUUCACUUACUUUAGCACAACAUGAGAAUGAAGGUGGAAAAAUAUUACCAAAGUGGGAACAUUUAGCUUGUUUCUCAGGUGGAAUGUUCGGUUUAGGUGCUAAAAUACUUAACAGACCUGAUGACCUCAUGCUUGCUGAUAAGUUAGCAUCUGGUUGUUUCGAUAUGGCUAACAACACAAUUACUGGUCUUGCACCGGAAUCUGCAAUUUUUGAUCUUAGCGAAAGAGCUUCAAAUGUGGUUCAUAGAAAACCUCCUGAAAAACAUAGACCAUUUAGGUAUAGGUCUAUGUCAAGUAUUCAUCUCGGUAGACCUGAGAUUAUAGAAAGUCUUUUCGUCAUGUAUAGAAUUACGGGUGAUGCAAAGUGGAGAGAAAAGGCUUGGAGGAUGUUUACUUCUUGGGCAAGGCAUACCUAUGCUCCUCAUGGGUUUUCAGCUAUAGAGAAUGUCGAGACUGAGCGUGUUUACAAAGUUGACAACAUGGAGAGCUUCGUACUGGCAGAAACUCUCAAAUAUUAUUAUUUGAUAUUCUCAGACCAGGGUGUCAUAUCAUUAGAUGAUUAUGUCUUAUCAACUGAAGCACAUCCAUUUAGAUUAUCGAAAUCAAUGCCAGAGAAGACAUUUGAUUUCCCUGAACUCACGUCUAUACGAGGUGAAGGCACAGAUGUUCAAAAAUACCUCAAGUACCUAGACCAAACACGGCCGAAGAAGGAAGACUUCUUUAAAUCUUUUUUGUGA